CGGAAGUGCCGUGGGGGCGUGUGCGCGGGGCGGUACCGGGUCGAGCGCGGAGCGGAGCUGGAGGGGCUUGCGGGCGGCCCCGCCGGUGAUGCGCGCCCUGCGGAGGCUGCCGGGCCCGGCGCCGACCCGCUGAGGCUCCGCGGGCGAGUGCAGGGGGUUUUCGGCGUAGGUGUGCCCGGCGGUGGGCGGUGUCGCCGCGGCCAUGCCGUGCACCUGCGGGAACUGGCGGCGGUGGAUCCGGCCGCUGGUGGUGCUGCUCUACAUCGUUGGGCUGCUGGUCGUGGUGCCGCUCUGCGUCUGGGAGCUGCAGAAGCUGGAGGUUGGAAUUCAUACCAAGGCAUGGUUUAUUGCAGGCAUAUUUUUACUAAUGACUAUACCAAUAUCUCUCUGGGGAAUACUACAACACUUAGUUCAUUAUACUCAACCUGAAUUGCAGAAACCAAUAAUAAGGAUUCUAUGGAUGGUGCCGAUUUACAGUUUAGACAGUUGGAUAGCUUUGAAAUACCCCAAGAUUGCAAUAUAUGUGGAUACAUGUCGAGAAUGCUAUGAAGCUUAUGUCAUCUAUAAUUUUAUGGUUUUUCUUUCAAAUUAUCUAACCAAUCGGUAUCCAAACCUCGUAUUAAUAAUAGAAGCAAAAGAUCAGCAGAGACAUCUGCCUCCUCUGUGUUGUUGUCCAUCAUGGGCUAUGGGAGAAGUUUUAUUAUUUAGAUGUAAACUGGGUGUAUUGCAGUACACUGUUGUCAGACCAUUUACUACCAUUAUUGCUUUAAUUUGCGAACUAGUGGGAGUGUAUGAUGAAGGAAAUUUCAGCUUCAACAAUGCUUGGACGUACUUGGUCAUACUUAACAACAUGUCACAGCUAUUUGCUAUGUAUUGUCUGGUGCUGUUUUACAAAGUACUACGUGAAGAACUGAACCCUAUCCAACCUGUUGGCAAGUUCCUUUGCGUGAAGAUGGUAGUUUUUGUUUCUUUCUGGCAAGCUGUGCUUAUUGCAUUGUUGGUGAAAGUUGGCGUUAUUUCUGAGAAACACACCUGGGAAUGGAAAAGUGUGGAAGCUGUGGCUACAGGCCUACAGGAUUUUAUCAUUUGUGUUGAGAUGUUCCUGGCUGCUAUUGCACAUCACUACAGUUUUUCCUACAAACCUUAUGUUCAAGAAGCUGAAGAAGGGUCAUGCUUCGACUCUUUUCUUGCUAUGUGGGAUAUUUCUGAUAUAAGAGCAGACAUUUCGGAACAGGUUCGAAAUGUCGGAAGGACAGUUUUGGGCCAGCCAAGGAAAAUGUUUUUUCCUGAGGAUCAUGAACAAAACGAGCAUACGAGUUUAUUGUCUUCAUCUACUCAAGACCCAAUUUCUGAUGCUGCUUCAAUGCCGUCUUCACCCAUGGGUCAUUAUCAGGGGUUUGGACACACUGUGACACCUCUCACAACACCAACAACAGCCCCUGCAGUUGACGGUAUUUAUAACACUUCUGCUAUUCAAUAUGCUGAGGAGUCACCUAAACUAGAGCACAAUUUAUCAGAGAAAGCUUUGGAUAAAAGUUAGACUUACCUUUUCUGUGAAUGUGUCAAGGAGUCUGUUACGUACUUGCCACACAUGCUCUGUUAAUGUGUAUUAUUAGUGAUCAAAGUUGAAAAGCUUUGAAAAGCAGACAGGAAGAGGAUACGGCUGUAACUCGCAUCUGAAUUCUCAAUCUAUAAUGGAUGUAUCUGUGAGUACCCUAUGGAUAUAAAACACGCACACUUCAAAAGUUUCUGCAUAAAUUUAAGAAUUGACUCCUUAAACUGGUAAACAUUCAUACAUCUGUGUUACAUCAAAAGAGAAGUAUGUCAAAAUUACACUGACUUCUAUUAAUAGAAAAGAAACAUUUGAAAAAAUACUCCGCUCUUCUAAAGAUGAAGUGUAAAUAUGAUUAGCAAUUGGAAAACUUAAUUUCAAGAAUGUAAUUUAAGGACAAGAGUAGCAAAAAAUGUUUGUAUUAGCUUUGGCUGUCCUCUUAAUGAUGGUAACUUCCCUACCCCAGUGCUGAAUGGGGUGUGGACAAAAUGGUAACUUCUGUACAGAUUCCAUCUUUUUCCCUUUCUUGCAUAGCUAAAUAAAACCCCUUCAUUAAGAUAAUUGUUACAGAGCAUCAGAAAGACUCUAUGCAAAGAAAGCAUUCCCUACAGGCCUCACUACAAAAUUCCAUGCCCAGAACAUAUGGUUGGUGUAUCUGUUGUCCUUGUAGCUCAUAAUUUGUAAGUCUUUUACAUUCAGAAGAGACAGACAGGAUAUGUUUUGGAUUAAUACCUUAUACUUGACUACUUUUUUCCUAUCCUUCUAAAAGAAUAACGUUACUACCUUUGAAUACAUGGCAAGGGGGAAUAAAGGAUGUCAAAAAAAAAAAAAAAAAAAACAGAAAACCAAAAUGGUUCCUUUAUUUUGAGUUGCAAUAAAUUCGUUAACACUAAUUUUUUUUAAUCUGUUAAGGCAGGAUAUCUUUACAAUGUGUCUGUAGUAAUUUGUAUUCAUAAAUGUGUGUGUGAUUAUUGUAUUAUGCUUCUAGUAUAUCCUAGAUUGAAAUGUAAUAGUUGAUUUCUUCCCCUACCACACCAGAAAAUACUUUUGCUAAGGUAAAACUAAGUAGCUAGUCUGUUACUGAAGUUACUAGCAUUAGAUUUCAGACCAAGAAAAUGUACACUUAUAUGAAAAGGUUAUUUUGCAAAAACUGACAAAAUUGGAGGGGUAUUGUUUUUAUCCCAUUACCAGAUUUUUACUAUUAUUGCAUGUUUGCAAUCUGACAAAAACUACCUUUGAGCACUGACCUUUUAAGUGACAUUUGAAGCUUCCUUUUCAGCCUUGUUAGCAUUUACAGGAUAAAUUUUUAAAUACUGGCUGUCACAGUAAAUUCAUCUGAAGUGCUUUUUUUUUUUUUGCAGUACUAGUGUGAUGUAAAUAUUGCGCCUUACUCACUAGGCUGCAUUUUAUAGUUGACUAUGUACUUGCUGUAUCUGAAGUUAGUGGGAAAGUGCAAAUAAUUUUCAAUUUGCCAAGUCAUUGCCUUUGUUGUAAAUAAGCAAUUAAAGAUUUUAUUUAAACUGUU